GCAACCGGCGGCAGUCGCUUCCGUCGCGUCCGUCCAGCAAGUACUGUCGCGACACGACGCGAACCGCUGUUAUUUGAUUUUUUUAUUUAUUUAUUUUUUUCGCAAUCGUUGUUUUUUCAUUCCGUUUCGCGCGGUGCCGUCCGUCAGUGUAUUUAUUCAUCUGCGAUCGCAUUCACCGCACUCGCGAGCGUGUUAGUUUGCCGCACUACUGGUCGAUGAUAAUAAUAUUAUUUUGAUCAAACGAUAUUUGGUAUUAUUAAUUUGUCCGUCUCCGACACGCGACGACUGCGACGAUUGACGAUUAUUAUUGACGUCGAACUCAAAUAUUUUAUAAUAUUUUACAUUAAAACGUAAACCGGUGAACAGCGGCCGUUUCAUUGGCGGGUCGAGGAAAAAUAAUUUUUUAACGUUUUCGCGAUUUUAUUUUUUCUACGGGCGUUCGAGCGCUACAACACAUGGAUAUCGCACCGUUCUGAACGCCGCAGACAGCCCGCGUGCCGCACACAAUCCAAUCAUUGAGAAAUGGUAGCGGACACGGCUAGCAGUUAUCAUCAUCAACAGAAAACUCAGCCACAACAACUACAACAGCCAAACCAGCAUCAGCAACAACAGCAACAGCAGCACCAUCACCAACAACAGCAACAGAAACUUCAUCAGCAACAGCAACAACAACUUCACCAAAUCCAUUUGCAACGCCAACAACAGCAGCAAAACAGUGGCGGAGUCAUGCCGCAGUACUGUAGUGACAUGGAACAGUCGGGUGGUCCAGGGAGUAUGAGGUACGAUGAUUCGGUAUCACCUGGACCGGAAUCACCAGGUCCUGGUGAACCAUACCCACCUGGAUUCGACCUGACAGCGCACCUGCAGCACAAGGAGUUCUUUGCGCAGCGUAAACAGCGUGAAUUCAUACCAGAUAACAAGAAGGACGAAAGCUACUGGGACCGGAGGCGGCGGAACAAUGAAGCGGCCAAGCGAUCCCGUGAAAAAAGGAGGUUCAACGACAUGAUCCUCGAGCAGCGAGUGGUCGAGCUGAGCAAGGAGAAUCACGUGCUCAAGGCUCAACUCUCUGCCAUUAAGGACAAGUUUGGCAUUAGUGGCGAAGCUGUGGUCAGCGUUGAACAGGUUAUGGCUUCUCUGCCGACAAACGAACAAGUGUUGAGCAUCACGAAACGCCCGAAACUGUCCACGUCAUCGUCGUCUUCGUCGGUGGGUUACUCGCAGAACGGGUCAGGUCCCAUACCCACGUCAGUCAUCCACCAACCCGUCCAGUCGACCACGCCCAAAAUGAACGGCUCGUACUACGGCGGCGCACAGUCCGACUGCGGUAGUCCCGUCGACCAACACCAACUCCAACAGCAGCAACAGCAACAGCAGCAGCAGCAACAGCAACAGGGCGACCGUUCGAACGGCGUCAAUGGUCUACCGAUGUCCGUGGCCGCCGCAGCCGUGGCCGCCGCGGCUCAAGCCGGGUACCCGCCGUACCCGUUCGCACCCGUCCUGCCGCCACUGCAGCCGCCGUCGUUCGAAGCGGCCGCCAACAGCGUACUGAACCUCAGCCGCCGGCCGCAGUCCCCGUACGAGCUGAGCAGCGGCAGUGGCGACGACACUUCGUCGUCCUGCGUGCCCAUAUCUCUAGCGUUCGUGGCCGCGGCCGCUGCCGCGGCGGCCGGCGGAGUCGUCGGACCGGGCGGCACGUUAGUCGGGAACGGCAACAACAAUAGCAGCAGCAGCAACAACAACAGCAACGGCAGUCAUCACCUUCAGCACCGGCACCGACACCAUUUUAACGGCAACGGCAUGAUGGCCAUGAUGACCAGCGGCGUCGGCGGAGGAGUGCCGAUCGCCGUCCUGAACGGCAACAACAGCGUUUCCAUGGUGCACGCCAACGACAACAACGCGGGAAUCAUCGGCGGCGUGAACGGCAACAACAUCGCGGCCAUCGUGAACGGCGGCGGCGCAGGCAACGGCGGCGGCAACUGUCUGCCGCACAAGCUCCGCCACAAGACGCACUUGGGCGACAAGGACGUGGCGGCCACGGCGCUGCUAUCGCUGCAGGCCAUCAAGCAGGAGCCGGGAAGCAGCCGGGCCAGUCCGCCGUGGGACGCGGAGGGCAGCAGCGACGAGCGCGACUCCGGCAUCAGCCUGGGCGUCGAAUGGGGCGUCCGGCCGUCGUCCGCCGCGGUGGCCGCUUGCCCCACCGGCGCCUCGGUGGCCGCGCCCCGCGCCGCCGCCAUGCAGUCGCCGGCCGCGGUCACGAUGAGCGGCGAACCGGCCGACGGUGCCGUGCACGCGACCGCCCCGACGGCCGCCGCCGACGACACCAGGCUCAAGUCCGAGGUGGCCCGGCUGGCGUCCGAGGUGGCCAGUCUCAAGAACAUGCUGUCGUCCAGAAAGUCGGCCACCGCGGCCCCGGCCCAGUCCACUACCGUUGCGGUCAACUGAUCCGCUGCGAUGACGGCCGUUCACGACGGAUAGUUAUUAUAUUCGUUAUUGCGAUUCACAGGUAUUUGUAAUAUUGUUAUACGUUCGCACGCGAAUUC